CAAUACUUCGGGUCUAAGUAUUUUAUAAGCCGGCCUGCAUUGACAAUGCACAGGACGAUGGGCUGGAAGCGCCAGAAGCCGCAAGCUGAGCUGCGGAUUCCUCCAAUCCCGACUUUUCCCCUGUCGUCCCCAAUCACAGAAGAGGUUGUUACUCCAAUCUCUUCGUCUCCGGAUGAGCGGGAUGUGGAAAAGCUUCGUCCCUUCGAUCAUCUGGGGGCUAAAGUGUCCAGCCAGAGCCCAUUUGCUCGCAAAGUAGAAUACGAACUACGGCUGGAAGACAAGGAGCCGGUGCGUGAAGCCAAUAGUUACUACUUCGUGCAAAAGGCGGCAGAGAGUGCGGGCGAGCCGAAGCCAGCGGCCAAGAAGAAUACCGAGCGGCCUGUGGGAUUGAAUCUGGUCACCGAUUUUUCGUUAACACCACCGAAACCCCGGGAUGAUAUACCGGAGGAGGGAUUCGUGGAUUUAAAUGACCUCAAGGUCCUUUCAAGGGAAAGGGCAGAAGAAAGGUCGGCGCAGAAAGUCAAGGGCAUCCUGAAGAAAGGAACGAGCCAAAGAUCCCAGAGGACUCCAGGCGAGCCUCCGGACCCCGCGACAUGGAGAUCUUCCUUGUUUGACUGGAGGCCUAGUGGCUCACCAAAACGGAGAGGCAAGGACGACUUAUCUCCAUCAGACCGGCCGAUAAUGAUUGGGUUCAGCAUGCCGCGCGAAGAAACCACAGGUUCGCGGAAAAGAUAUUCUAAAGAGCUUGACGUUACAGAUAUCCAGCAGACGCCGCUCACACCCUCAAUAGUUGUCACCCCGGCAAGAGAAGAUGACUUUUGGGCAGGCUUUAGCCAAGUUUGCAACCCUCCCAGGGUCACAUCUAGCAUUUACUCCCAACCCACCCCGUGUAUAGAAAAGAGCGAGUUAGAUAUUCCGCCUGUACCAGCUAUUCCAGCAGAGCAUGCAGUGACAAAAGGUGAAGUUACGGACCAAGAGAUGCUCAAAAGGCAGUCUGCGACAUCUAGGAAACAACGUGCAUAUUCCACAGGUACAGUCUUCGAGGAAGACUUCCAAUCGCGGUCGGGGCUUCGUUCAAGGUCAUACUCCAACGGAAGCGUUAAGAGGGCUUUUGAUCGUUUGAGUGGCAUCGACAGAAUGAGUCGGUUAAGUAUUAAUACUGAAGUUAAUAGACACCAGUCCCAGGGAUGGUGGACAUAUCUCCUGUCGCCUUUAUUAGGUCGCUCCAAUACAAUCACCAGUCGAAGAACACUAAUUGAUACACAUUCACCUCCUGUGCCCAGUAUUGCCACUAAUCUGACAGGGUCAAGCGAUGAGUGGUGGGAGAAGGAGGUAUCGUACUUUUCACCUGAUACACCCGUAACGACGAGGGCCAGUCGAGGUGUCUCCGACUGGCAGCCUUCUCAAAACAACCCUUUCGCCGAUGAUAAAGCUGUCGACGGGCAAGCCCAGGACCCGAGUGACCUGAGUAGCGCAGCGUUUGGCUUUCCCGAUCAAACUGUUCAAGGCGCAGCUGCCGAGUACUAUCAUGCCUGUGCACAUGAGGUAUUUACCGGGAGGCCUUACUUCGAAUGCAUCAACCAUGUCUGUUCGAUAACUCCUAAAGACCAGAUUCUAGUCCCCAGUGCAGAUAUCGCAAAAGAAGUUGGUUCAGGUGAAGGGGGUUUGCUUAUUGAUGUGGAUGAUGCGCCGAAACCCGUUGACAAAGGACCCGAAGGUUCAGAAUCUAUGGUCAUUCCUGCCACAACUUCCCGGCCUCCGACAAUGGUCAUCGACAAACAACCGGAUACCCCUGUGAAGAACCCGAAGGAAGACGGUUCAAAAGACGAUACAAGCGCCCCUCGCGAAGAAGACUCUACGAAGCCAAUCUCCAAAGAGACUGUUGGGGAACCAGCAUCUCCAGCAGGCAAGCAAACUGAGACCAAUCCUUUUGUUCAGCUGGCUCAGCCAAGUAGCACCGUCUUGCCGCCAGUCACGAAUGUAUACAUUCAAUAUGCCCCUAUACCAUCUUCUGCUUCUGGCACUACUAUUGAACGAGUUGUACCCCAGUACUCAGUGAUUCCUUCUUUAAACGAAGGGACGCAAAAGCAUGAAGUACAGCCACAAGCGCAACCGCAAUCUCCUGGUCCUGUCUCCCCAGGUUUACAACGAGCAACAGAAAAGACAGGCUCAAUCCCUCUAUCUGACAUACACUCGACCCCGGCGCCUGCGUAUACGUCUCAUCGUAAUACUCCCGCCACGCUACCGCCCCGUGUAGAUUCUCUUCCGAUCACACGGGAGGUAACGACGAAUCCGAUUACAGAAAGCAAUAGAAUAGAGUCUCGACGAAGAAGGCUCGAGAAGGAAGAUGCAAUCGGUAGGAGAGCUGGUGGGCUAUGGCGCGGUAGAGGUUAUUUCAGCAACAAAGGAUGUUUUGGGAGACCUGGACGUGAAGGACGGCUAAGGCGCCGGUGGUAUGCGGCCAUUGCUUCAUUCUUCAUUAUCAUUGUCGUGGUUGCCGUUGUUCUCGCUAUAAUGCUCACCAGAAGGGGGGACGAGACACCUGUCCAGUCGCAAUGGCUGAAUCUAACCGGCUAUCCACCUAUGCCGACAGGCAUUGCGACAGUUGCUGGACCCGAGCCUCAAGUACAAAAAUCCGGCUGUAUUACACCUUCCACCCUCUGGAGCUGCGCCUUGCCCAAUGAACAGCAGUCAGCCAACAAGCCUUAUGCUGCAAAUCAACCUAAUUUUCGCGUCGAGAUUCGUUUUCGUAAUGGGACAUAUCCGAAUAGCACGACUGUUGCGUCGAAGUCUAGCAAAGCAAGCGUUUCUAGACGAUCUGACAACUUGUUCAGCCCGUCGCCAUCCCCGCCAGGCAUGAAAGACCAGGCAUUUCUGGGCAAUACCACUGAUAAGAACAAUGUUCCCUAUGCGGGCGAAGAGACUCCGUUCUACAUGACAAUACUCUCCCCUCUCCAGAUGUCCACCACCCAGCUGACACGGAGAUCAGACAAUUCGUUCCCUGACAUAGAAUCCCUCAUUCCAUCUCCAGACCUAGACUCCGACGGCACCGCUGCAGCCGCAGAGCUCUAUCCUCUGCCCGAGUCACAGCCUGUGCGGCUAUACAACCGCGGGCAGGACACCGAGCACUAUGGCUUCUAUACCUACUUCGACCGGUCUAUUUUCCUUGAAUCAUCUGCCCCACUCACGGACAGCAAGAACGAUGAUUCUAUAAGCGAUGCCAACGGCGGCCCAAGCAAAGCACAUGCCCGAGUCAGGUGUACCUGGGCCCAGACACGCUUUCUCGUUCAGAUCUGGACUCGUCCUGGAAAGGCGCUCCUCAGUAACAGCCCAUCUGUCAGCACAACGCCAACACCCACCCACACAGGAACCAGCAAUCCAACUAGUUCGAACUCCGCUACUGACUUCGUUCGUCCCGGUUCCUUCCCGUAUCCUAUAACGAUCACUCUAGAUCGGCACGGGGGCGCGAUAAAGAAGAAGAUGGUGUACUGCUACGGUAUGGAAUCAGAUCAGCAUGUCAACUCGACCGAGGUGAAAUUACAACUCGAAGACCGCGGGUUCGGCGGUAAGCUCAUCAACCCGGCACCUGGAAUCUUUAAUAUGUCUGAUUCUGCUUUGAGUGAGUCGGGCUAUGGUGGGUUUGACGGUGGAACUGGGGGUUGUGCUUGUCAGUGGACGAACUGGGUUUCUAGGUCAUAG